AUGCCUGGUCUGCUGAACCAAAUGACAGGGGCAGCCCUGCCCCUCACCGCUUCUGAUGUCACCUCCUUCGUCAGUGGUUACGCCCUGGGUCUGACUGCGUCCCUCACCUAUGGCAACCUGGAAGCCCAGCCUUUCCAGGGCCUCUUCGUGUACCCACUAGACGAGUACACCGCGGUGAUCGGCUUUGAGGCAGUCAUCGCUGACCGGGUCAUAACGGUACAGAUCAAGGACAAAGCCAAGAUGGAGAGUGGCCACUUCAAUGCCACCCACAUUCGAGCCACAACUGUCACAGGAAACAUUCUGCGAAGGGGGGUUCCCGCCAUCCCUCCUUCCUGCACACUGGAAACGGUGGUUUUGGAUGAGGAUCUGGAGCGAAUCCUGUUCGUGGUCAACCUGGGGACCAUCGCCCCGAUGGAGAAUGUCAAGGUCUUCAUCAGCACCUCCUCGGAGCUCCCGACGCUGCCCAGCGGGGCCGUGCGGGUCCUGCUGCCUGCUGUCUGCGCCCCAACCAUCCCCCAGUUCUGUACCGAGAGCACCGGCCCCUCCAACCAGCAGGCCGAAGGCAGAGACAGGCACUGCUUCGGCCCCGACGCUGAGACCCUGCGCUCCUGGAACAAGCUGUGCCUGGCCACUCUCCUGGACACUGCCGUGUCCAACCCCAUGGAGUACGAGUUCAGCUUCCAGCUGGAGAUCCGAGGGCCCUGCCUGCUCGCAGGGGUAGAGAGUCCCACCCACGAGAUUCGAGCCGAUGCUGCCCCGUCCGCACCCUCCGCCAAGAGCAUAAUUAUCACCUUGGCCAACAGGCACACCUUCGACCGGCCCGUGGAGAUCCUCAUCCACCCCAGCGAGCCCCACAUGCCACAUGUCCUGAUGGAGAAAGGGGACAUGACCGCAGGCGAGUUUGAGCAGCACCUGAAGGGGAAAGCAGACUUCAUCAAAGGGAUGAAGAAGGACGGCAGUGUGGGGCGGAAGACAGAAAUCAUCCGGAAGCGCCUCCACAAGGACCUUCCCCACCAUUCUGUCGUCAUGCUCAACUUCUGCCCCGACCUCCAGUCAGUCCAGCCGCACCUGAGGAAGACCCACGGCGAGUUUAUCUUCCUCGUCGACAGGAGCAGCAGCAUGAGUGGGACCAACAUCCACCGGGUCAAGGAUGCCAUGCUGGUGGCUCUCAAGAGCCUCAUGCCAGCCUGCCUCUUCAAUGUCAUUGGGUUCGGAUCCACAUUUAAGACCCUCUUUCCUUCCAGCCAGACCUACAACGAGGAGACCUUGGCCAUGGCCUGUGAUAACAUUCAGAGGAUGCGGGCUGACAUGGGUGGCACCAAUGUCCUCUCCCCGCUCAAGUGGGUCAUCCGGCAGCCAGUGCACCGAGGCCACCCGCGGCUUCUCUUCGUGAUCACCGACAGUGCGGUCAGCAACACCGGGAAGGUGCUGGAGCUGCUGCGGAGCCACGCCUUCUCCACCAGGUGCUAUAGCUUUGGAAUCGGACCCAACGUCUGCCACAGGCUGGUGAAGGGGCUGGCAAAUGUGUCCAAGGGCAGCGCUGAGUUCCUGGUGGAGGGGGAGCGGCUGCAACCUAAGAUGGUCAGAUCCCUGAAGAAGGCCAUGGCCCCCGUCCUGAGCGAUGUGACCGUGGAGUGGGUCUUCCCAGAGACCACUGAAGUGCUGGUCUCUCCUGUCAGCACCAGCACCCUCUUCCCCGGAGAACGGCUGGUGGGGUAUGGCAUCGUGUGUGACGCCUCCUUAUACACCUCCAGUUCCAGAUCUGACAAGAGGAGACGCUACAACAUGCUGCACUCUCAGGAGUCCGGCAGCUCUGUCUUCUACCACUCACAGGAUGAGGGGCCCGCCUCAGACAGUGCGGAGUGUGGCAAGAGCUUGGGGGCACCCCUCAACCUGAAGCAGGCCAAAGACGCCCGGUCAUCCAGCGGAGACUCCCCCACCAAUCCUGGUGCGGACCUCUCCCAGCGAAGACGGGCUUAUAGCACCAACCAGAUCACCAACCACAAGCCCUCCCCAAGGGCCGCCACGGCCAGCGACCCCACGAUGGCUGGCAGGAGAUACCCGCUGCGGAAAGCGAAGCUGCAGGACCUCACCAACCAGCCCAGCCCAGACGCCCCGCGGAGGCAGGCUGACUUGCAGCCCUUCCUGAACAGUGGCCCAGACCUGUGCCAGGGCCCCAAACUCCGGGGCCCAGGAGCCCGCAGGCCCUCUCUGCUGCCCCAAGGCUGCCAGCCCUUCCUGCCCUCUGGCCAGGAGCCCCAGGCCGGGAGCCCCAUGAGGGAGCUGGAGCUUGGGUCCAGCCUGGAGCCUGCCUCAGACAGCCGCAGUCCUGGGGAUGCAGAGCUGUCCCAUCACCCCUCCGCCUUCGAGACCGAGACAUCGUCGGACUGGGAGCCGCUGACCGAGUUCCAGGAGCAGGCCAGCUCCGACCGGCCAGCCUCCCCAGACCUCGUGCUGGGCAAGGCCGUGGUCAAAGGCCUGCGCGACAGCCAACAUCUGCAAUGGGAGGUGAACUUCGAGCUGGGACCCCCCGGCUCCGAGCCGGGCAGCGCGCGCGACGCCGACCUGUGGAGCGAGACCUUCCACCACCUGGCGGCCCGCGCCGUCAUCCGCGACUUCGAGCAGCUGGCGGAGCGCGAGGGCGAGAUAGAGCAAGGGUCCAGCCGCCGCUACCAGGUGAACGCCGUGCACACCAGCAAGGCCUGCAACAUCAUCAGCAAGUACACCGCCUACGUGCCUGUGGACAUGAGCCAGAGGCAGUACCUGCCCACCGUGGUGGCCUACCCCAGCUCCGGUGCUGCGCUGCGGGUGGCCAGCUCGCGGGUCCUGAGCCAGGAGUGGAGAGGCAGCGGCCCCGGCCCCCGGCGCUCCCGGACCAUGCUCGGGGAAGACUCGGCAGCUCGGCCUGAUGUGGAGGCGAACCCCACCACGAACCCCACCGCACCCCCCAGCGAGACCACGCCCCCAGGCCAUGAGAAGACCCCAGCUUCCGAAGGUCCCCUGCACAAUCUGGCCACCAACACCCUCUCUUCCUUGAAGACCUCUGAGAACCUGUUUGGAUCCAGGCUGAAUCUCAAGAAGUCCAGGCUGCUGACUCGAGCGGCCAAGGGCUUCCUGGGCAAGCCGCUGACCAAGGCUCCAGAGGCAACACCGGGGAGCCAGAGCCUGGACUACGUCCCACUGGUGUCUCUGCAGCUGGCCUCCGGAGCCUUCCUGCUCAACCAAGCCUUCUGUGAGGCCAUCCACAUCCCUAUGGACAAGCUCAAGUGGACCUCGCCCUUCACCUGCCACCGAGCAUCCCUCACAGCCCGCCAGCCCGAAUCUAAGACCCCCGGCCCCCAGGUGUGCACCAGCCCCUCACCUCGGCACCCCUCUUGUGACAGCUGCUCCGCAGAGCCUGCGGCAGAGGGCGAGCCAGGCUGGGAGCUCAGAGCUGUGACAGAACGCACAGGGAAGCUGUGGGCCACGGUGGUGGCCCUGGCGUGGCUGGAGCACAGCGCGGCAUCCUACUUCACCGAGUGGGAGCUGGUGGCCGCCAAGGCCAGCUGGUGGCUGGGGCAGCAGGAGGUGCCCGAGGGCCGCUCGCGGGGCACGCUCAAGGCCGCCGCCCUGCAGCUGUUCGUGCUCCUGCGGCACUGGGACGAGAGCCUGGAGUUCAACAUGCUCUGCUAUAACCCCAACGACGUGUAG